AUGACCUCCUCAUCGUCCUCGACCUGCUCGACCUCCUCGACCUCCUCGACCUCAUGCUCAUCUGCGCCGGUCUGGAACGAUUGCAAGCGCCCUGUUUCUGACAUCGACAUCGAGUGCACUCUGUGCUUCAACACUCUAUACCAACCCAUAACCACGCCCUGCGGGCACACCUGGUGCCGGCCGUGCUUGCUCCGGGCCGUCGAGGUCAAGCCCUCGUGCCCCUGCUGCCGGCAGUCCCUGCCCAGUUACGGAUGCAUGCAGGGGCGGCACCCCAAUCGCAUCCUGACCCGCAUUCUCGAGUCCUUCUUUUCCAAGACGAUUGAGAUGCGGUCCCUCACCAGCAACCAGGAGCUCCCAGACCGCCGCCUGGUCGUUCCCAUCUUUGUCGGCAGUCUGGCUUUGCCUGGAAUCCCGUGCUUCAUGCGCAUCUUUGAAGAGCGAUACCGCAAAAUGAUCCAGAGCUGCAUCGGCAAGGAUGGCAUCUUUGGCAUGUGUCUGCCCAUCCGCAAUCGCCGCUGCGCCUCGGACCGCAACUAUUCCGAGUUCGGCACCCUGCUGAAGAUUCGCAACUACCAACCCGUCUACCCAUCCGAUCCGCAGUACCAACAGGAAAAUGCCCUGCCCCUCUACAUUGUCGAGGCCGUUGGCAGCCAUCGCUUCCGGGUCGUCGAGGAGCUGUCGUGCGAGGACGGAUACUGCCGCGCCGUCAUCGAGCGUGUCGACGACAUCACCGAGGACGAGGACGACGACGAUUUGGACAACAACGAUGCCGAGCCGUCGUCCCAGAGCAAGCAGCUUUGCACCAUCUCGCGGGCCAAAGCCUAUGUCGAGCGCCGGCUGCGCUCGAUGGAAUGCAACCAACGGCGGCACUUUGAGCGGCUGCACGGGCCGUGUCCGAACGACGUCGGCAUGCUGUCGUUUUGGCUAGCCAACGUUAUUCCCAUGGAUGUCUAUGAAAAGUACUCCAUCCUGCCGAUCACAAGUUCACAGAAGCGACUCGAGGCCGUCUCGACCUGGCUCGAAAAGUACCUGGUUGUCGAGGAGUGUUCUUAGGAAGGCCAAGACGAUGAUAUCUUGGCCAAUAUCCCGUUGGCAACUUUGUUCUCUCUAUUGUUCUUUUUGGAGAAAUAUAUCAGCGUUUACGAAACGA